AUGUCGCUCCUACUCCCGGGCAUACGCAGGGCGGCUCUCAAGCUGCCGACUGCACCGUUCGUCUGCCGCCAAUGCCUCCACAAGCGACCGCGGGCAGCUCCGUCGCAAGUCCUCAACUCCCUCCGACAGUCGAGACGGUACGCCAGCACCGCGCCACGAGGUGGUCGCCCGCCCGUCGCUUUCUACAGCAGUAAUGCCGCCGCCGCAGCGGCGAACAUGGCUGCGAGCAGCGCCCCGGCGCAAGCAGCGAAGCGGGCCUUUCCCGAGACGAGCUCCAAGUCUGUGGCGUACUGGCUCAUCGGCAGUGCGGCCAGCGUCUUCGGCAUCGUGGUGUUCGGCGGACUUACACGGUUGACGGAAUCAGGACUCAGCAUCACAGAAUGGAAACCCGUAACCGGCUCGCUGCCGCCCCUGACCCAAGACCACUGGGAAGCCGAAUUCGCCAAGUACCGCGCCUCGCCCGAGUUCAAGCAACUAAACUCGCACAUGGACCUCGCCGAGUUCAAGAAGAUCUACUACAUGGAGUGGACGCACCGGCUGUGGGGCCGCGUCAUCGGCCUGUCCUUCGUGCUGCCCGCCAUCUACUUCGUGGCGCGCCGCCGCACCUCGGUCCGCAUGGCCGCGCACCUCGGCGGCAUCUCGGCCCUGAUCGGGUUCCAGGGCAUAAUCGGCUGGUGGAUGGUCAAGUCCGGGCUGAAGGACGACCUGUUCGCGCCCGGGUCGCACCCCCGCGUGAGCCAGUACCGGCUCGCCGCCCACCUGUCCACCGCCUUCGUGUGCUACUCGUGGAUGCUGCUCGCGGGCCUCGGCGUGCUGCGCGCGCGGCGCUUACUACUAACCACCGACCCGGCCGCCGCCAUGCGCCUCGUCGAGACGCUGCGCAGCCCCGCCGUGCGGCCCUUCCGCCGGUCCGUGGCCGCGCUCACGGCCCUCGUCUUCACCACCGUCGUGUCGGGCGCGCUGGUGGCCGGCCUCGACGCCGGCCUCAUCUACAACGAGUUCCCCAAGAUGGGGCUCGGGCUCGUGCCGCCGUCGGGCGAGCUGUGGGACAGGUUCUACUCGCGCCGCGAAGACGGCGCCGACCUCUGGUGGCGGAACAUGUUGGAGAACCCGAGCCUAGUGCAGCUGGACCACCGCAUCCUCGCCACCACGACCUUCUGCGCCGUGCUGGCCUUGUUCGCCUACGCGAGGAGGGGACGGGUCGCGGCUGUGUUGCCGAAGGAGGCUCAGAAGGGAAUGCUGGGGGUUGUGCACUUGGUUUCUCUGCAGGUCGCCUUGGGAAUCAGCACGCUUAUAUACAUGGUCCCGGUCCCAUUGGCGGCGGCACAUCAAGCUGGUAGCCUCGCUUUGAUGACAGGAGUUCUUGUGCUCGGCCAUCGACUACGUGUGCCGAAGCCCACCAUAGCUAUGAUCCAGAAGAGACUGGCAUCGGCUGCAAAGCAUUGA